CAGACUGUCAGUAGUCGUGAUUUCUCUCUCUCCACUUGUUGAACGCAAACGGAGUGAGUGUUAACUUAAAGUGAACUUUACCGGCAAACGCGGACAGCGAAAACACAGCAGCCUCUCUCUCUCUCUCCUCGUUUGCUCGUCUCCAUGGAAACUGUUCAGAAAUUGACGUCUGGGUUUUCUCUGGACCUGGGACCACUGAAGGAACCUCUGGGGUUUAUUCGUGUCCUCGAAUGGGUCUUCGCCAUCUUUGCUUUUGCCACGACUGGAGGUUACUCCGGGUCAACACACUCGGAGGUGAAAUGCAAGGACGACACGAAGGAUGUCUUGGCUGAGUUUUACUACCCAUUUAGGUUGUCAGCAAAACCAUACGUCAUCCCUUAUUGCAACGGCACUGACUCUAAGGGCAUUUACCUGCAGGGUGACUUCUCCUCCUCCGCAGAGUUCUAUGUGUCUGUCGGUGUGUUUGCGUUCCUUUAUUGCACCGCCACCCUCGUCCUCUACCUCGGCUACCAGCAUGUGUACCGGCAGACCAGCCGUGGGCCCGUUGUAGACCUGGUGGUGACCGCCGUCUUUGCCUUCCUGUGGUUUGUGUCCGCGGCAGCUUGGGGCAAAGGCCUGACGGAUGUGAAAUGGGCCACCAACCCAGAUCGCCUCGUGGAGCACUGCAAGGAUAUCUGUCACGUAGGAACGUAUCCUUCUAUGGGCCGCCUUAACGCCUCUGUGAUUUUCGGCUUCUUGAACUUGAUCCUGUGGGGCGGUAACUGCUGGUUUAUUUACAAGGAGACCCCUUUCCACAAGGAUCCAAUCCCGCCUGCCACCAUGGAGGAAGGAGAAGCUCCCGGGCCUUAAGCCCAACCACCGAGGGUCCUCAAGCAUCGCCCUGUACCCACAGCAACGCUUUGUGCCCAACAUUGGUCUCUGAUCAUAACCUGCAGAAAUGGAUACAAAAUGAAGUCCUACAUACCCCCCCCCCCUCCCUCAGCGACAUAAAUAUAUUUUUAAUUAUCAUCAAAUCCAGAUCCCUUUGCCUUGAAAACACUAAGCUCAAAUACAAACUAAAAUCAAGACGUGCAGCGAUAAACACUUUGUGUAAUUGUUUUUCAGAACAGCAGGUCCACAGUGCAUUUACCUCCGCAGUAGCAGACCGUCCUCCCUGCACGUCUGCCCCUCAGGGAGCCCCCUAGUGAGGAAAUUCUGAUGUAAGAACCCAGUAUCUCUGCUGCCCCGCCCCCCCAAAGAGAGAAGGGAUUAACAGAAGUUCAAGUCAAACAACCCCCACAGCCAAUAAAAGCAAGUUUUGCCUUAUUUAAAAAAAAAAAAAAAAAAAAUUAAAUGGAGGUGGUGGGAGCAAAUGCCCGGCUGGGGUCCCGCUCUUCUUAAAUCAUGUAUAAGAUGACGUGCUACAACACUCACAACAAGUACUGUAACUGUAAACAUGUUAACUCUCCGAGACAUGAGCCUCAGUGUUUUUGCACGACAGCGUGUUACGGCCGCAUUAAAGGGAAAAAAAAGUCAAGAAAAGUUGUAACACAUAUAUAUAAAACAUAUUAUUUAGGAUGUAGGCGACAAGCGGACUAAAUGUUGUCACCAGAAUUACAGGCCAGUUUAAGAAAUGAUUCAUAUUACUGAAUGUCGUCCCUCAAUGUUGUGUGCGUUACAGCUUAGAUACUUUAACGUCACCGGCGCUUUCUUUUCCACAUGUAUGAUAAUCCCCGUAUUUUUGUCUCCUACGGAUCGUGUCUUGUACCCACAUCCUCCUCGCUCCGUGUCUGCUCGGGUAAAAACAACAUGCUGUAAAAAGUAACGGCGCAGUGUCGGUCAUCCAGCGGCUGUUAUCAACAGACUGUUGUCAUAGAAACAGGACCGACGUGCAGCGCUUUUCUUCUCGGAGCACAACCGCUUUUUUAUUUCCUGGAAUAAACGCUAGGUGGACACGGGGCCUGAAGAGUUAAUUUCAAGAACAACAAGGCGGUAACAAGGUAAUUUAAGCAGCGUAUGGUUUAGUUUUUUGGGAGGGAGAAUUUCAGGAGAGAAGUCAGCCGCCUGCGCUAAAAUCAGGAACGUGGAGCAUCUCACUAAUAUCAGUUAUUCUCUAAAUAUUACGACUUCAUUGAUGUCAACAUUACAACUUUUUUCUUCAUAUCUGAGACUUUUUUUUUUCUUUAACUUGGCCCGUUUACGCUGUUGCCUUUUUGACCUUCCAAAGCAGUUCCUUGGUUUUGAAUCACCGCCAUGCCUUAACCCACUAAUCUUUGACACUACUGACACACACACACACACACUAAUACACACUAAUACUGUCUAUCUGUGUAGUUUGACUUCAUUUAGCUAAACUUGCUGGAGAGAAAAAACACACACUGUAAAGAUAACACACACAACAAAAGCAGCUUCGACUUUGAGAAUAUGAUUUUGAGGUUGUGACGGCGUCUUUUUUCUUUUUUUUUUUUAAAUGUUCGGCCUGAAUCCAGACUAAAGCAGGCUCUUUGUAUGUUUACUACAGUAGCUGUUGUACAUCAAUAUGUUACAUUUACUCUCCUCAGUAACACACUCAUCCUAGUUUAAAACCUUCUUCUCUUAUUUGUGCAAACUCUAACCUGCAGGGACUUUCUGUCUUUUUUUUUUUUUUUACACAGAUCAUAUGUAUUUUUACCAACAAUUAUUGGUCCAUUGCAUAUUUUUUUAAAACCAAUGUUGGGUUUCUGUUUUUAUUAACCCGAGGAAAACAGUCUGUGUGCAGCUUCUCCUUGAUUUUUCUUUUUUGUAACAUUGUCAGAUUUGUUGUUCAGUCCGUUGCUCCACUAAGAAGCCUUACACUAAAUCUUGUGAUCAUAGAUAGUUGGAAAAAAAGAAAAGUGGCACAUUUAGUUUGCCGGCCUUGAUGUUAUCCUGCUGUAUUACUUUAUCACUCCCGCCUUAAAGGUCACAUAUUAUUCAAAAUCCACAUCACCAUGUUUCUCUAACUCUAAACAUGUGUCUCUAGUCUGUCUACAAACGCCCCAAUGAUGAGAAAAGUCCAUCCUCUCCGUCUUUAACCUGCUCCACUUUUCAGAAAAUGUGUGCUCAAACAGGCUGCUUGGAGAUUUUCCCUUCAUGACAUCACAAAGGGCAGUAACCCCUCCCCCAGGUGGGUGUCACUCCCACAGCUAGGUGUUUGUUCUGCCCUCUGAGUCUGCCUUCUCACCGUAAACAAUAGGACAUGGAGCGAGAAAGCACCGAGUACACCCGAGCCCUUCCAGAGAGGGGGGCGUGGUCAGAUACAGCUCAUUUACAUAUUUAAAGGUAUAGACACAGAAACAGCCUGUUCUCAGCAGGGCUGAAAUAGAGGGGUUUAUAGAUAUGAUCAAAUACUGGAUCAGAGUGGAUUUAGAACAAGAAACUUCACACACAUGUUUUGAGGAGCUCUGAGACUUUUUUACACUGGUUGAAGAGGAGGAGAAUAUGUGACCUUUAAGUUCCGCUCUACAUGUAACUUGAAAGACGAUGCCAUGCAUGUGAAGGUUUUUGCAUAGAGCCGUUGAUGACUUUUUGCAUUGCACUUAAGAUCUCUUCGUAGUAUCUAUUUUGAUUUGAGUUAUCGGGCUUUCUGUGCAGCUGUUUUACUUUAUCACCAUACCUCGGUGGGGAAUACAUCAGGUGUUAUUUCGAGCUCUUUUGCUAAAGUAAUAUAUAUUUUCCACACCAGAUUGAAAUUAGAAAACAUAUUUAGUCAGAUGUUUAAUCAAUUUCUGAAAAGAUGCAUCUGUUAAUUAGAGCACAGUGAUGUGUUGGAUGUUUAUGUAAUUAAUAAUUGAUAUUGGAUUGAUGUAUUUUUAUCCCUUUGUUUGUGCAGAACAGUUCAUCUGUAUUGACCUGUGUAAAAUAUGAGAGCUGCAACUGCUGGA